CCACUCCAGGCAUCUCUUGGGACAAACUCUUCACCCCCAACUCACCCGACGACAAUCUAACGCUCGGCUACAUCUGGAUCAUGUUAGCCUUGAACAGCCUCUUCUACCUCUCAAUCGCUCUAUACGUCGAAGCCGUCUUCCCAGGCGACUACGGAGUACCCCAGAAAUGGUACUUCCUCUUCACCAAAGCCUACUGGUGCUCCGACAGAGCUUCAUCAGCAAACAACAAUUCUAAUGAUGUUGCAAUCGAAGUAGGCGAGUUCUUCGAACCCCCACCAUCCGCUCUAAAACCCGGUAUAGAGAUCACCAACCUGCGCAAAGAGUACGGUCGUAAAACGGCCGUCAGAAACCUCACUUUGAGCCUCUACGAGGAUCAGAUCGCCGUUUUGUUGGGCCACAACGGGGCCGGCAAGUCCACCACCAUGUCGAUGUUGACCGGCAUGGUGACCCCCACGUCGGGCACCGCCCGCAUCGCCGGUCGCGACAUCAGAACCGACAUGGCGUCGAUCAGAAACAACCUCGGUUUGUGCCCUCAGCACAACGUCAUCUUCGAUGAUCUCACGGUAGCUGAGCACCUCUACUUCUUCAGCAAACUGAAAGGUGUGGAGGCUCAGAAAAUUUCUGAGGAAAUCGAUAAAUACGUGGAGUUGCUCGAUUUGGAGCCGAAGAGAGAUCAGAAAUCGAGCACUCUGUCGGGGGGUAUGAAGAGGAAACUGUGCGUGGGUAUCGCCCUGUGUGGUGAUUCGAAAGUGGUGAUGUUGGACGAACCCACGGCGGGUAUGGACCCGUCGGCGAGGAGGGUGCUGUGGGAGUUGCUGCAGAAGCAGAAGGAAGGUAGAACGAUGUUAUUGACCACGCACUUUAUGGACGAGGCCGAUAUACUGGGUGAUCGGAUAGCUAUAAUGGCGGGCGGGAAGUUGCAAUGUUGCGGUUCGAGUUUCUUCUUGAAGAAGAAAUACGGGGCCGGUUAUACGCUCGUUAUGGACAAAACGAAAGAUUGCGAUGCUUCGAAAGUCACUGAAUUGUUGCGAAAUUACAUACCGGAAAUCCAGAUCGAAAGCAAUGUAGGUAGCGAAUUAUCCUAUCAACUUACCGACAAUUACGCCCCGUUAUUCGAAUCUUUGCUCAAGCAACUGGAAAUCGAAUCGGAGUCAUUGGGAAUCCGAAGUUACGGGAUAUCUCUGACCACUUUAGAAGAGGUUUUUAUGAAAGUCGGCGCCGAUCACGGACAAGAGGAGGAAAACGACGAAAAAGAAAACAAACCAUCAACCAAAAAACCCACCAGCAACGUCUCUACCAACACCUCAACAUCGUUAGCUCCAACUUACACCAGUGGCGUGCAAUUGCUCAAAAACCAAUUACUGGCUAUGUUGAUGAAGAAAGUCCUGGCCACGUACCGGUCGUGGAUUUUGCUGCUCAUCCAGAUUUGCGUGCCUCUAAUCAACAUUAUCCUGACUCUAUCUAUUCCGAACGCCGGCGUGAGCUCGGAGGGGCUCCCUCCGAUGCCUCUGGAUCUCGCCAAAUUCAACAAUCCGGUUACUUUGGUGGAGAAUUUGGGGGAAUACGGCGGGUGGUACGCUAGCGUGUUGGAUGAGCACGGCCUCAAACCUACGGUAGAAGGAAAUAUCACGGAGAGGAUGCUAGAUUUGACCAAAACCUAUCCGAACGUAGUUCGAAGGCGCUACAUCAUCGGAGCCUCGUUCGAACAUCUCAACGUCACCCUAUUUAACCAACCGGUUAACUUUAACCAAUCGAUUACCCUACCGGCUCUAACCGCCUGGUUCAACAACGAUCCCUACCACUCGCCGGGCAUUUCUCUAGCCUUUCUCCUCAGCUCCAUCUACAAGAAUUUCUCCAUCAACGAAGCUGCCCACGCUUCGCUGGAGUUCGUGAACAAACCGCUUCCGUACAAGGCCGAAACCCAAUUCGAUCGGAUCAACAGCGGCCAAAGCGAAGGUUUCCAAUUGGCUUUUAACAUUUGUUUCAGCCUGGCCUUCGUUUCUUCGUUCUACGCGAUUUUCCUGGUGAGAGAACGGGCCUCAAAGUCGAAGCAUCUGCAGUUCGUAUCGGGCGUGAAGAUCCACGCCUUUUGGUCGGUUCACGCCUUCUGCGAUGCGGUUACGUAUUUGAUAACCGUGGGGUUGAUGUUGGCGGUGCUGGUGUUGUUUCAAAGGGAUGGAUUCAAGACGGCUGAGGAUUUGGGUGUUAUUUUCGCCAUUUUGUUGUGUUUCGGCGUUGCCAUGUUACCCUGCGUGUAUCUGUCAUCUUUCUACUUCGAUGUACCUUCUACUGGUUACACUAGAUUGACUUUGUUGAGCAUAUUUAGCGGUUGCGUUACCUUUCUGGUGGUGACGAUCCUGGCGGUACCUCAAUUGGAUUUAACGAACAUCAGCGAUGCCCUUCAUUGGCCAUUUUUGUUAUUCCCCCAUUAUUCCCUAGCUAGCGGAAUAAAUGGCUACUAUACGAAAUAUCAAACGAACAAAAUUUGCGAUAAAUACUACGCUGUAUGCGACAAAAAUGGUUCAGUUUCACCUGCUUGUAUGAGUUUAGGAAAAACUUGUGACGGCAUCGACAAAAACUAUUUCUCAUGGGAACGCCCGGGCAUCGGUAAAAACGUCAUAUUCUCUCUCACAUCGGGCGUCCUGCUAUUCGCCCUGCUCUUAGUCGUCGAAUACCAGCUAUUCGCCCGGAUGCUCUACUAUUUAGAGCAAAAAUUCCGCCCUAAAUCGCCGGUGCCCGUGGAAGACGAAGACGACGACGUGGCCAGAGAGAAAGAGCUGGUGAGGAACUCCGACGAGUUGGAUUUGCCGCUCAAACACAGCCUGGUCAUCAAGGAUCUCACGAAGUAUUAUAAAAACUUUUUGGCAGUCAACGGACUGUCUUUGUGCGUCGGAAAAUCCGAAUGUUUCGGUUUGUUGGGCAUAAACGGAGCAGGAAAGACAACCACAUUUAAAAUGAUGAGCGGUGAUGAGAGGAUAUCCUACGGAGACGGUUGGGUAGCAGGCAAGAGCAUCAAAACCGAACUGAAAGACGUCCAACGUUCGAUCGGCUAUUGUCCCCAAUUCGACGCCCUCUUGGACGACAUGACGGCCAGAGAAUCCAUAAUAAUGUACUGUCUGCUCAGAGGCAUCGAACUGGAGCGCACGCGCUCCAUAGCCUGCUCGUUAUCCGACGAAUUCGACUUCCGCAGGCACCUCGACAAGAAAGUGAAAGAAUUGAGCGGAGGUAACAAGAGGAAAUUGAGCACGGUGUUGUCGUUGAUCGGCGAUCCGCCUGUCAUAUUCCUCGACGAACCCACCACUGGCAUGGACCCGGCGACGAAGCGCCAUCUCUGGGACGCCCUCUGCAAGAUCCGCGACGCCGGCAAGACGAUCGUCCUGACCUCUCACAGCAUGGACCCGGCGACGAAGCGCCAUCUCUGGGACGCCCUCUGCAAGAUCCGCGACGCCGGCAAGACGAUCGUCCUGACCUCUCACAGCAUGGAGGAGUGCGAAGCCCUCUGCACUCGACUCGCCAUCAUGGUGAACGGCAACUUCCGGUGCUUGGGCUCGGCGCAGCGCCUCAAGAGCAAAUUCGCCGAGGGCUACGCCCUCGCGCUGAAGGUGCGCAAGGGCGCCGAUUCGGCGCGAGCCGAGCGAUUCGUGGCGGAGAAUUUGGCGGGGGCGCGGCUGCGCGAGAAGCACCAGGAGCUGUUGAGCUACUACAUGGCGGACAAGUCGAUGGCUUGGUCGGAGAUGUUCGGGGCGUUGGAGAGGGCGAAGCGGGGCGAUUUGGACGUGGAGGAUUAUUCGUUGGGACAGAGCAGUUUGGAGCAGGUGAGGAUUGGUGGUGGUUUUUUUUUGGGAGCUUUUGCUUCGAAAAAUGAAUGGGGAUUGGUUUGGUUUGCGUUGUUGGAGGCGAAAAAUGGAAGGAAUUACUUCUUGUUUGCGUUGUUGGAAGCGAAAAUUGGAAGGAAUUACUUCUUGUUUGCGUUGUUGGAAGCGAAAAAUG